GUCAGUUAUUCAGACUUACUCGCUGAGAUGGAGAGAUCAACAGUUACUGUCACGGCACUUUUACAUGUUUUGCUGCUCAGUCAGACAAAAAUCUACGGAGCAGAAAUCGAGAUGAAGGUCAGACCAGGAGACAACAUCACUCUCUACUGUGACCGUCCUUUAACUCGUGGUUUCACCAUUGUAUGGAUAAGAAACUGCUCUCAUGAACAUCAACCCCCUCUUGUAUUAGAUCACAAGAUAAUGUAUGAAGAAGACUCCCCACAUUUCAGCUUUCGUCAAAACCCCAACAUUGAUUCUUUAGAUCUACACAUUAAUAACAUUACAGCUUCUGAUCUGGGACUGUACUACUGUGCUGAGAUCAUAAGAAAGGUAAAUGAAGAUAAAAAUAGCAGUACGUACACAUCGGCCAUUUACUAUUAUGGAAAACAAACAACACGACUCUCCUUCGCUGGAACUGCCAGUUCUGAACCCUCCAGCACCGUCUCACCCCCUCCUGUAUCAGACUGUUUUCUCUGCUGGAUGCUGCUCUUCAGUGUUUGUCCUGUGUGUGUUCUCUUUUGCCUCAUUUGUGUGUACUGCCUCUGUCAGAAGAAAACUACAGAUCGUGGAACCGAUGACAAAGACAAGAUAAGAAGUAGAGCUACUCCUGAGGGUGAUGAUGAUGAGGUGUGUUAUGCAUCCUUGGAUGUAACAACCAGAAGACCCAAGCGAAUCAAGAAGAAGCAACCGCAGAAUUCUGACUUUAGUACUUAUGCUCAGGUUAGAACAGACACUGUGCAAAAUUUCUGAUGAGGAUUGUGUAACCUGACAUUUAGAAAAGAAGCAGCUGUCAUUUAUUCAAUCUUUUGACCGAAUCAAUGAAGGUCACGACAAAAAUUUACCUGCAGUGAUUUUGCAAUCGAAAGGAUGUACAACUCAAAAACAAUUUACAUGUCCAUAGUAGUUUUCAUAGAUUGGUCAGUGUUAGAUCAUACACUUUUUAAAUGACAUUAAGUAAACUUAAAGUAUUUCUCUGUAGAACCUUCAAAUGUGUUUUGUUUUCUUGGGAAAGGGGUCUUUCAUUUUCAGUAAUUUACAUUCUUUAACCACAAAUGUUUCCACGUAAGAUCAACACAGACAGAAAAAGGCAGGAUGUUGUGUGUGUGGGUGUAAAUGCUCGCUUAUGGGGUCAGUUUGUGGUGGAGUUGAUUUAAAUGCAUGCUGUGUCUUCAGCUUUCAUUCUCUGAUGGUUGAAAAACACAGUAUCAUUACGGUAUUUAUUCAAAUAAGACUGAGACUGAAUGUGUCUAUUGUUUGUUGGACAAAACAUUGGUAUACUAGUAGAGGUAUUGCAGGUUUAAUCCCAUUUUAAGUUCAAACAGGGAACACUCAAAGUUCCUGCACAGGGAACAGUCUAGCACUACUCCUAAACCCUGUAUGCGAAACCACCCCAACAGGUUUAUUACCACUUUAGGUGAAAACUCCAGAUUACUCCACAAAGCCUCUACAGCUUCCUAAUGUAUUUGCAAAGAAACCCACUUACUGUAAACGGGUGAUUUGAUUGUAAUCAUCUUAUCUUUACUUUACAUUUAACAUUUACUUUUUCACUAAUUAGUCUUUGUGCAUUUUGCAUGUCAAAGUC